CAACCCCUUUAGGGAGCGGGGCCGGGGAGGCGACCGCGCAAAAGCGGAAGUUCGCGUCAAUGAGGGAAUGAGCUGUUUAUUUUCCUUAAUUUUUACCGGUCUGGCGGUUUCGUUUGUGUAAAAUGUGACCGAUUCCAGGAUCGCUUUUGGUAUCGACUAGGGUCAGCGCGUGUGAGCGGUACGAGGAAAAGCCCGGGAUUUUGCUCCCUUCUUGGCUUCGAGCUGGUGUACAGAUCAAUGGCAGCUGGUUGUCCUCUGGCACUGUGUCCAUGUAGCCUUUCAUCGUGUGUGAGUCCAGACUAAUGGCUGGUUUACGAUUGGCUUCCUGUGGAAGGUUGGUUUUUUUUGUCCUUCUGCUGAACACUCCUCUCCACCAUGGAAUAGAAUUUGAUCCUUACAGAUCGUUGGGAAUCAGUCGAACUGCAACCCAAGCAGAAAUAAAGAAAGCUUACAAACAACUGGCUCGGGAGUGGCACCCUGACAAGAAUAAGGACCCAAAGGCAGAAGAUCAGUUCAUUCAGAUUAGUAAAGCAUAUGAGAUUCUUUCAAAUGAAGAAAAGAGGUCAAAUUUUGAUAAGUACGGAAAUCCGGAUGGACAACCAGGGAAUCUCCAACAUCCACAGCAGCAUUUCCGGAGUUUCCAUAAAUACGACAGUUUCUUCUUUGAUGACUCUUUCUUUCAAUUCCAAUUUAAUUCUGCCAGAGACUCAUUUGAUGAUAAGUACCUACUGCAUUUCUCACAAUACAUGAAUGAAAUUGUGCCAGACAGUUACAACAAACCAUACCUCAUCAAAGUGACUUCUGACUGGUGUUUCAACUGUGUUCAAAUUGAGCCAAUCUGGAAGGAAAUGGUACAGGAGUUUGAACCUCUGGGGCUCGGGAUUGGAGUCAUAGACUCAGGGUAUGAGCGUCGUUUGUUAAAUCACAUUGGCGUGUAUCAGCAUCCAGCAAUAGUGGGAGUCAUCAAUGGACGAGUAACGUUCUUUAAAACCACUGUGGUUCGAGAAAACCUAAGACAGUUUGUAGACAACCUUCUGCCAAGCAAACUGUUGGAGCAGGUAACCAACAAAAAUUAUGUACAUUUCCUGUCUUCAUGGGAGCAAGACAACAAGCCACGUGCACUAACGUUUCACCAGAAGUCUACGAUGCCACUGUUGUACAAGCUGAUUGCCUUCCAGUUCAAAGAUUAUGUAAAAUUUGGAGCUGUGCAGACUGGGAUAGAGCUGACUAAUGAAAUCCUGACUUAUUACAGUAUAAGUGGUUACGCCUCUACCAUAAUGAUUUUUAAGGAGAAUGUAGACAAGGCAGCUGAUAGCAUCCAGGCUAAAGGAAUGAAGAAACAAAUAAUAGAUGAUUUUAUUUCUCGUAACAAAUACCUACUGGCUCCUCGCCUUACAAGCCAGAAACUCUUUGAGGAGCUGUGUCCUCUGAAACAACACCGUCGUCAGAGAAGAUAUUGCGUCCUGCUAAUCAUUCAAAGGAAAGAUGAGUUGCAGUCUGCAUAUCGCUCCUUUGUCUCCUUCGCGUCUGUAAAUACGAAAGAGUCAUUGAAAUUUGUUUACGUUUAUUCUGAACGUCAGCAAGCGUUUGUUAAUGCCUUGCUCCCAUCAGCACUGCAAAACAAUCCAUUACCAAAUCAGGUUGUGAUUCUACAGCGAAGCAGCACUCCUGGUAAAGUGUUCUAUAAGCUACUGGAAAAUGGAUGGAAUGGGAGUGAGGAGGACAAAAUGCUGUUAUUUAAUGAGCUGACUGAGUUAAUGGGAAUGGAAGGCCACACAGUACUCUCUCAUGAUGUUGUGUUACCUGAGCUAAAUGAUGAAUUUGCUCCAAUGUUCCUCCUUCGCUGGUUGUAUGCCAUAAUAGAUUAUGCAUCUCAAAUUUGGGCAUCUGGAUUCAGUCAGAACUGGAGGGAAAUGAUGCCUUUGAUUUCUCUGCUUUUCUCAGUGGUUUUCAUUCUGUUUGGAGCUUUCAUCAUUCAAGCUUUUGGGGAACCAAGUGACGUGGAGAGCAGGUCUGAGUCUGAGAAAGAACAGGAACCAGCAACAGAUAAGAAUCGGGAAACAAAAAAGCAGCAAAUCAACACCAGCAGGAAUUUAAGUAGGUCCCCAGAGCAGAAUUUUGUGGAAGUGACUGAAUUGACCUACAUCAACUAUAACAGCAACCUUGUGCGGCUAAUGCCUGGAAACAUCAAUGUGCUGGUUGUGGUCACUGAUGCUACAAAGAAUGCUUUAAUUCAGAAGUUUGCACAUGAAGUGUAUCCUGUUACCUGGAAUAAAUCACUACACUUCUCCUUUUUAAACUUAUCAAAACAUCGGGGGUGGCUGGUGGAUCUGUUAGAGUUUGCCCAGGAUCCUGCUCGGAUUUCCAGUCUACAAGAUGAAAGUUACCAUACCCAGAACUACAUUGGCUAUGUGUUGGCAUUAAACGGACACCGGAAGUACUUCUGCUUGUUCAAACCUCAAUUCUGUAAUGGAACCGAGAACAGGAGCGUUCUAAAUGGCUUGGAACCAACGCAAGGUGGGAAAAGGCCGAUUGAAGCAAUGGAAACAAACAGCCCACAUCAGUCUCCACCCAGCUCCAAUGUAUCUGUGAAACGGACUGAGCAACUACUCAACAGACUUCACCUUUGGAUGGACAGACUGCUUGAAGGGAUUCUGCAACGAUACUAUGUACCCUGUUGGCCUGAGCUUCACUGAUAUUCUAUAGUUUUGCUGGUAGAAUUUUGUGCUGAAAUGCACCUGAGCCACAAUUGAAUAGAGCAGGAAUUUACAGCUCUACAUUAUUUUUCCAGAAUAUUUUCUCAGUCUUGUUUAGAUCUGUGAUGCAAAGAGCCAUGUAAAGUGAAACAAAAGGACCAGGUGAAUCAACAGGUUAGAAAACUGUGUACGUACAAACCUCUUGCUUGGAUAAAAAGAGAUAAAUCUCUUUUAAUUUGCACAUUAACAAAUGAGGAAUUGGUAGAGAAGUAGAAUUUAAAAACAGAUGGCAAUGCUAUGACAGAUUUUGAGCCACUGACCUCACACAAACUUGCAUACUAGAAUUAUUGUAGCUCUAGGUUUUGUUCUUCUAACCCUCCUUUCCCUGUCUUCCUCUAGUAUGAAAAUCCUACUUUUGCUUGUGCAUGUAAUUUUGCCACAAUAUCGUGGGGAAGGGAAGAAACAUAGGCCUCAGACCACUCCAACCACAGAUAUUCUACCUUCUCCGCAAUGAAAAACUGACUUCUGUGUUAAAAUUGAGUGCUGGUUUCACAUUUUCGUGAAGUUAUAUGCAGCAAUUUAUUCUAAACUUAUACUUUUCUGCCUACUGCAUUUCUCAGCUGUAUUCUCACCCCUGUUUACUCUAUCAAUUCCUCAAAAUGAUAACAUUUGCUAAGGUCCCAGUACUCAAAGUUAUCACUCAGAUUUGAGAUGUCAGCAAGCUUUUUUUUUGUUGUUAGGAUAUCACAGCUGCUAUCCUUGUCUGAUGUCCAGAGGCACAUGCACUUACUUUCCAGGAGCAGUGAAUAGAUAGUGAUCAAAAUUGGAAACUUGGAAGAAUUUUUACAUUCCUCAUUCUUCACAGUGUUGCAUUGACACCAUUUGUGAGGCUGUCUUUUCCCCUUUUUCCCUACCCUCCAAUGUCCGAGACAAGAUUAGGAUAGACCAGGGAUUGAAUUUUCUGAACCACGUGGCCUAGUGCAACAUUAUGGUGACUUCAUUUGAAGUACUGAGAAGCAUUUUGCCACCAAUCUUUUUAAAAAAUUGUUGUUUUUGUAAUCUGAAUGGCAGGACACUAGGUUACAAAUUGCUGAAGAAUAUCCACUAAACAGGGUUAAGAUACACAGUUAAUGCCUCCUAGAUUAGAUGAGGUGCUAGCAGAUUUGAACAAUAAAUGUUAACCAGUGGAUGAAAUAAUGGAGUCUGCAUCUUCCUGAAACAACACUGUGUUUGGUUGCUGUAUACAAGUACCUAAUGCAAAUAAUAUAAACUAUUUAAUGUAUUUAUUAAAUGUUAGAAGUUUAGACUUGUAUAUAGCUGGCUUUACUUGCUGUCUGUAUAUUCUGUCACAGCAAGAGAGUGGAUUCUGAAAUAAAGGAAAUAAAUACUGAAAUUGCAUGGCAUAUUGAUGAACAUCUGAUAGGGAAGGGCAAGUAAGAGAGUGCCCACAAGUCAGUCUGACCCCCUCCCCUUUUGGAAUGCCAGUGUACUACUAAGAUUUCAUUAUGGUGGUUGGAAGGCAUACACAAUUAUGGCCAUAAGUACACCACCAGCUAUAUUGGGCACAAACAGCAAAUGUGUUUUAGCCACCCCUGCAGCAGACACUUGGAUUUUUGUCUCUACAGGGAGUCAGUUAGCUCAGUUAGUUGAAUAGCUGGUUUGUGGUGCAUUGGUUCAAUUCCCACACUGGCUGAGGUUACAUAAAGAGCUGUCCUUCUCAACCUCUCCACUCACCUGUAGCGUAGCAACCCUAAGAUUAAACCACCACCAGUCAUCUCUCUCCCUAAUGAGAGAGCAGCCCUAUGCUCAGGUAGGAUUAUGGUGACCUUAUCUUGGUGCAGUAGGAAGUCUAUAAUCUGUUUAAGGUCAUCCAACCAAGAGUGGUAUGGCCUGAGGCAGCUCAUGACUAACGAACUCUGCUUGGGGAAACCUAAACCAAGGACAUAGAUGUCUGGGCCCAAGCAAGAAAGUAAGUUACUUCGCAUGGACUCCCUGACCUUUCAGCCCUACACUGCCUGGGAAAAUAUCCUGUGCCCUUGUCUGCCCAGAAAUGAGUGUGCCCCUUAUUUCUAAACCAACAUGUUCUUUUGUUCAAAUGUAAGUAUGGUUCUAGCAUUUUAUUUAUUUCAAAUGUCCAAGAUUUGCAGUUCUUAAAAAAAUUUCCCUAAUUUUUACCCAUUCUUUGUACAGUUCCUAAUACUAACCAGAUUUCUUUAAAAUUAUCCUCCACAUUUGUGACAUUCCUUCUUAAAAUAAAUACUGCUGGAAAUGUUAUUUUAUUCAAUUGGAGUAAUUCUAUGAAAUCAUAAUCCUGAAGUUAAGUCUCAUCCAGGCAGGUCACAGACCAUGUUUGUAGGGUUCUUUUUGUCUUUAAUGAUAGGAAGUUGUGUAGAGUGCAGACCUGGAUUCUGUGUUGUAUGUACUUCUGAUAGAUGCAUCUGUGAACCUGGAUUAUGAUUUGAGUAACAUCAGCUUUUCGUUGGAGAUUUCAGUGCAUUGGCAUUAACCGAGAUUGUGUUUGUCAAGCCACAGAACUUUCCAUUUAGCACAGUUCUAUUUUUCAAUUUUCUUCCAUUUUUCUUAGGGUCAAGCUCCCUGGGCUUUGAAUGCCUUCCGUUACUUUGUGGCCAUUCUUUGUGCAAGAACAAAUUGAUCCUGUCCUUGUUCAACAUCUUAGACUAUGAUCACACAUUAGUGACCAAGAAUGGGAACUCUGGCUAUCUUCUUUCUCCCAGCUUAUCCCUCAGGCCUUGAGUCAAUUGUUGCAACCUUCAUUUUUUCUGGCAAAGAUCUGCUAACUCAGUAAAAAACAGGGCAAGUAACCUAGGACCAUCUGGUGUGUUGUUUGAAAAAAAGCCAGCUGGUACAUUUACUUGUUCGCCCAAUUGCUGAAUCUGUACAAAAUGAGUUAUGAAAAAUUUUGCAACAUGCAGUUAAAUUGGGAUUUUCACCUCCAUCAGUUUAUUGUACGCACUGUUGAAUGUUUCUGAUACUAAAUGUCACUUUAAAUAUUGCAAACUGUAGGCAUUUUAAAAUUAGAAUAAAAUUUAUAUUCAUGGA